AUGGCCGACAGUAACUCCCAGAACCCAGGUGCCGAACCUGUCGCUGCCGAAUCUGAGCUCUCUGUUGCUCAGAUGAUACAGGCAACGGAGGAUCUGUUCAGAGAGAUCAAACGAUUCGCCGACGACUCUCAGCCCUUGCUCGACGCUUGGUUGUCUGCUGUGCGCCACCUGGCCCGGUUGAAGCGUGGUCUCGAAGCGACCCAGCCAGGGGAAAUCGACGCCGAGAACAUUGACCUGGGUCACGUCGAUGCACUGAACCGCAUGCUCCAAGCAGACAAGGCCGAGAGCGAGUUGUUGUCCGUGAUUAAUGAUCGCAUCAGGCUGCUCAAAGAGAUGAUCGACCAGCUGGAGUACCUGACAGUCAGGCUUAAGGUCAAGGCUUGGACGACACACGGCGACAGCGAGGUCUAUGACUUUGUUCAGGAGUCUGAUGACAGAGCACGAGAGAUCCGUAAGGAGGCAAAAGACGUUGCAGAGAAGAUCAUCAGGUCACGCCAGGGGAUUAUGGCCGGGCUUUGA